AUGGCGACAAUUGACACAGACAUUCCAAUGCCUCAGCAUGAUACGAACACGUAUCAAAACAAGGUGAUCCCAAUGACGGAAAAGACGGAGCAACCAGCACCACAGCAGCAACAACAGCCCAGUUUAAUGACACCUCCCAUAUCUCCCAUCAACACAUCUGCCAACAAAGGCUCGCUGAAAAUCACUGCUGGACAAACUGGCUUACCUUGGCUGACAAGAGAUGCAGAUGCUGAAGGCUUUUCUCCUACUGCAAUGCAACAAUCACCUCAGGAAAUGAGCGCAACACCCACUUCUGCGCAGGGUAGCAUCCAUAGCACUGCUUCUCCACCUCCCAAGUUUAUGGCACGUCCAAGAACUGCUUCGGUGAUUCGUUUUCCCACAAGAAAGAGAACCAUGCAAAAGCACAUUUACACAAUGAAGGAUGGUUUGGAUCCAGUCAAGGUUUUAUGCAAUCGAUUGACUAGCUGGCAAGUUUCAGUUAAAUAUCUGCUUAGCAUGUUUCAUAGCAUAAAAAAGGUCGAGUCCAGUACUGGAAAAGGUUACCGAAAGAUCGAUUCAAAAUCCACUAUCCCCGUCAAGAUUAAAGACCAAUUCAAGUCUUCCCAUGGUGUUCAAGAUGCUUGGGCUGCUUUCAGACAGUACACAAGAGAGAAUAGCUUGAUUCACCAAGACUUUGUUGACUUUAUUGAAAAUGAAAUUGUGCCGAUACUGCAUAUCAUCUUGAAAGAUAUUCACGCCAUGAUGCAGAGUUUGAAACACAACAAGGAUUUGCGCACAAACACUUUGUGGGAAUGCCGCAAAAAGGCUGAUAAAGUCAUUACUCAAUUGAACUCUGAUAUCUAUUCCGUUGUCAAUGCGCAAGAAAAGGCCAAGAGCAAUUAUGUAAUUCCCAAGGGCAGAGAUCCAUUAUUAUCAAAAUAUGUCGUCAUUCAUACUAUCAGAGACCUCUACAAGCAAGAGAAUCGACUGCACAAAGACUUUCUGGAGACACAAGACAGCUAUCGUCGCUUUGAGCAAGAAAAGAUCAUCAAUGUCUAUACAGAGCUGUUCCAAACCUUUGAGCGCUACCGUGUCCAGCAUCACCUCGAGAACUUGGAAGGGGUCACCAAGGUAGCUGGUAUCUUUAACGCCAUUGAAACAGAUGCUGAAUGGUUGGACUUUGUCCAACAUCACGAUAACGAACUAGUUAAGUCCAAUGCAGCCUUUAAAGACGAGCAAGCACUUGAUUUCCCCAAUGCAUCGCAUCCUCUGGUCCAGCCCCUUGCCAUUGGCGUUUUACAAAGGCAUCAUGGUAAAAAGUGGCACGAAGAGUACUAUGUAUUGAGUCCAGUUGGAUUGUUGCAUCGUUUCAAGUCUGAACAGGAUCUACUGAAUACGCCCUUGAAACCAGAAGCCACUAUGUUUGUUCCACAGUGUACAAUUCUUAUCAAUCCCCCGAGUCAGCUUUUGGAGUUAAAGGGCAAAGUAUUAGGCAGUUUAUUUGGUAGCAAAAAAUUGGUCGAGCUGUCCUCCUCUGAUUUUGCCUUCAUCAAGCAUUGGAUCGAUAGGAUGGGCCCUAUGGCUCUUCAACAAGAAACGGCUGUUAUCAACACGCCUUUACCUCCUCAGCAACAACCUCAGCAGCAACAGGAUGCUGUGGUUGCCGAUAAUCGAUCGAUUCAAUCCAAAGUACAAGCUGAAGAUGAACCUGAAAGUUCUAAUUUAGGCGGUGUCACUCAAGUCGGAGCUGUUGCUGAUGCUACCAUGCAAUCAAUCGAUCAAGGUGGCACCAGCAAUGCAUUCCAACCUAUAACAAAUGUCACAGCAUCAGAUCGCCAUCACAACAAUAGCAACCUCAGUCAUCAUUAUGACGAUCAAGACGAUAGUGAUCAUGAUUUUGCAAGACAGACUGUUGAAUACUCUACUCAUUCACCUGCUGCUGCUGCUGCUGCUGCUGAAGUAUCUGACACCAAUAACCCAUUCCAUACUAUGUCUACCACAGCUUCAUCCUCUGAUCCAGCCAUGACCAACACCGGCCCAUCUACACCUAUUGAAACGAUGACUCCAGCCCAACAAAAGCAUGGCGAUGUCCAUACAUCUUUGGCCUCUGAUAUUAAAAACACCAACACGGCUGCUACUACUACACCAUCGAGAAUACCUGGUGUUGGUCCUACUCGAGAAGGUAGCGACAUUUUCUGGGACACAUCUGCUUAA